AUGACUACUGUUUCACAGAAAAAACCCUACUUCGGGUUAACAGGAGGAUGGCUGACCUUCUGGAUUACGGUGGCAUGCGCAACUGAUAUGUCCUUAUUUGGUUACGACCAAGGAGUGUUCAGCGGCGUUGUGAUCACACAAGAUUUCCUUGAAAGCCACGAUCUGGUCGGACCUACAAAGACAACAGCCCUAUCUACAGUGACUGCCAUUUAUGACAUUGGUUGUUUCUUCGGGGCUAUUAUCGCUUUCACCAUUGGGGAGCGUCUGGGCCGAAAGAAAGCUAUUCUGUUAGGAACUACAGUCAUGGCAGUAGGGGCUAUCGUUCAAACAAGUUCGUUUAGUUUGGCGCAGAUGUUUGUUGGCCGGAUCGUCUUAGGUGUUGGAAAUGGCAUAAAUACUGCUACAGCUCCAAUUUGGCAGACUGAAACAUCCCAAACGAAAUGGCGCGGAAAACUGGUAAUCCUCGAUAUGAUGAUGAAUAUCGCCGGUUUCUGUCUCGUCAACUGGAUCAACUAUGGACUAUCAUUUGCAGGCGGCUCUGUGGCCUGGCGGUUCCCACUUGCAUUUCAAUUCUUUUUCCUCUUCAUUCUGUGGGGUACAACGCCAUGGCUGCCAGAGUCUCCUCGUUGGCUGCUCGCCCACGGCAAAGAAGAAGAGGCAAUUGAAGUCCUCAGCUGUCUCGAAGCGAAACCGAUUGAUGACCCCGUCGUUAUAACUCAGCGCAACGAAAUCGCAUACAGUAUUCAAUACGAGCGUCAGAACGCCAUGAGCUGGCGCGAUCUUCUCAAGAAAGACAAGAAAAAUGAUACCAAGACACUGCGCAGACUCUUCCUUGGUAUAGGUAGUCAGUUCAUGCAGCAGCUCGGCGGUAUCAACAUCAUGUCCUAUUACAUGCCCACUGUCCUGACCAAAUCGGUUGGUUUGCCGGAGAAAAUGGCUCGAUUGCUGUCGGCUUGCAACGCUGUUUCGUACCUGAUUUUCUCAGGUAUAGCCGUGCUCUUGAUUGAGCGUAUGGGCCGCCGUGGUCUGAUGAUUCUAUCGACAUUUGGGCAGUUCGUGUGCUUCCUCGUUAUUACUGUUCUGAUUCGGUAUGCCGAGACUAGUGACAAUGGUAGCGUAUACGGUAAUGCUUCGGUGGUGUUUUUCUUCCUUUAUUAUGGGGCUUUCGGUAUUGGCAUGCUGGGAGUGCCUUGGUUGUAUCCCACUGAGAUCAACUCUCUACCGAUGCGGACAAAGGGUGCUGCGGCUGCAACUGCUACCGACUGGAUCACAAAUUUCAUCGUCGUGGAGAUCACUCCAAUCGGAAUUCAGAGUAUUGGUUGGAAGUUUUGGAUUGUCUGGACGGUGACCAAUGCUGUUUUCCUACCUAUUCUCUACUUUUUCUACCCGGAGACAGCCAACCGGAGUCUCGAGGAUCUUGAUGCCUAUUACCGUACCAACCCAUCGUUGAUUGUAUCUGGAGACACUGAUGCCAUCUGCAAAAAACGCCCGCAGAAAUACAUUGAGCGCGAAUAUGAAGAGUUCGAGCGAGCGACUGGCAAGGCAGUGAUGUCUGUCGAGGCAGCAGAGCAUGUGGAAUGGACCGAGGGAGAGAGGCAGACGUAA